GGAUGGGGGAGGAGAAGGCGGCGGCGGCAGCAGGCAGGGGCGGGCACGUCCAGACGGAGUUGAGCCGCGAUGGAAUUAGCCCCGAAGCUGAAUAAGCCAGUGCACACGCCAGCGCCAGCGCAGCCGCGGAGCAGUCCGGGUUUCCCGUCCUGUGCGCCCGCAGAAUGGCCACCACCGCUGGGCUGCGUGACAUCCCCUUGCUCCCCGGCUCCCCACGCCGGCUGAGCCCACGAGCAGCGAUCAGAGGGGACCAGGGCCCCGAACACGGACAGCAAGGCCUCCAGAUGCCGGGUCCCCGAGCCCAGGGUCUGCAGGACAUUUUCACCCGAGGUUCCAGCCAGCCCUCUGGUGGAGAGAGCUCCCCCAACAGCUCUGUCAUCAACAACUACCUGGAGGCCAGCGGGCCGGUGUCCUCGGAGGACCGUCUGAGCCGCAUGCACUUCCACGACAACCAGAGGAAGGUGGACUACGUGCUCGCCUACCACUACCGGAAACGCGGGGCGCACCCCGGCCACGGCUCCUCUGGCCACUCGCUGGCGGUCAUCUCCAACGGCGAGACGGGCAAGGAUCCCCAGCCGGGUGCUCCCGGUGACAUUGAGCUGGGGCCGCUUGACGCCCUGGAGGAGGAGAGGAAGGAGCAGCGGGAAGAGUUUGAGCACAACCUGAUGGAGGCCGGGCUGGAGCUGGAGAAGGACUUGGAGUGCACCUUCCGGAAGCAGGGGCUGAAGACCUCCACCGGGGCCCCCAGGACAGUUUCCUGGUGUUGGAAUUGCUUUUGUCUGCUCUCCGCCUGUGGAUGGCGUGGAGAGUGCCGGCAGUCCUGGGCCAGGACAGCCCUGGGCCCUGGUGAUCUGACCUUGCCCUCAGGCCACCUUGCCCUCUGCGAGACUUGGCUCUGCCGCCGUGCUGUUGGCUCCAGGGGCAGCAGCUACGCCGAUGACGAGUUUUUCCGUUUCCCCCGCCAGAUGCAAGAGCUGAGUAAAAGCCAGGGCUCUGUCUUUGUCCGGAUCCACGCCCCGUGGCAGGUGCUGGCCCGAGAGGCGGAAUUCUUGAAGAUCAAAGUUCCCACCAAGAAAACGUACGCGAUCAAGGCAGAAGGCAGCAUCGCGAAGACAUUCAACAAGAUCCUGCAGAAGCUGAGCGCGCCCCUGAAGCCCCGAGUGCCUGAGCACAGUAACAACAGGAUGAAAAACCUCUCCUACCCGUUCUCCAGGGAGAAAAUGUACCUGUACAAUGUCCAGGACAAGGACACCUUCUUUGAUAAUGCCACCCGUAGCCGCAUUGUGCACGAGAUCCUGAAGCGCACAACCUGCUCUCGAGCCAACAACACGAUGGGUAUUAACUCUCUAAUAGCAAAUAAUAUCUACGAGGCUGCCUACCCCCUGCACGAUGGUGAAUAUGACCGUCCAGGGGACGACAUGAAUGACCGAAAGCUGCUGUAUCAAGAAUGGGCGCGCUACGGGGUGUUUUAUAAGUUUCAACCUAUUGACCUCAUCAGAAAGUAUUUUGGAGAAAAAAUUGGACUGUACUUUGCCUGGCUGGGAUUAUAUACAUCCUUCCUCAUCCCGUCUUCCGUCAUCGGGGUCAUCGUGUUUCUUUAUGGAUGUGCAACAAUCGAAGAAGAUAUUCCCAGCAAAGAGAUGUGUGACCAGCAGAAUGCCUUCACCAUGUGUCCCCUGUGUGACAAGUCCUGUGACUACUGGAACCUCAGCUCAGCCUGUGGAACGGCACGGGCCAGCCACCUGUUUGACAACCCUGCCACCGUCUUCUUCUCCAUCUUCAUGGCUCUGUGGGCUACCAUGUUUCUCGAGAACUGGAAGAGAUUACAGAUGCGACUGGGCUACUUCUGGGACCUGACUGGCAUAGAAGAGGAAGAAGAGCAUUCGCGACCUGAGUAUGAAACCAAAGUUCGCGAGAAGAUGCUGAGAGAGAGCAACAAGUCUGUGGUCCAGAAACUGGGAACUGGUGCAGUGGAGACUGAGGAUGAGGAUGAUGAAGAUAAGCUGACCUGGAAAGAUCGUUUCCCGGGUUACUUGAUGAACUUCGCCUCCAUCUUGUUUAUGAUCGCCCUGACGUUCUCCAUCGUCUUUGGGGUCAUUGUCUAUCGUAUCACAACCGCGGCUGCUCUGUCUCUCAACAAGGCCACACGCUCCAAUGUCCGGGUGACGGUGACGGCCACGGCGGUCAUCAUCAACCUUGUGGUCAUCCUCAUCCUGGACGAGAUCUACGGUGCAGUGGCCAAAUGGCUCACCAAAAUCGAGGUUCCCAAAACAGAGCAGACAUUUGAAGAGCGCCUGAUACUCAAGGCUUUCUUGCUAAAGUUUGUCAAUGCCUACUCACCCAUCUUCUAUGUGGCCUUUUUCAAGGGGAGGUUUGUGGGCAGACCCGGAAGCUAUGUUUAUGUGUUUGAUGGUCACCGCAUGGAAGAGUGCGCCCCUGGGGGCUGCCUCAUGGAGCUCUGCAUUCAGCUCAGCAUCAUCAUGCUGGGGAAGCAGCUGAUUCAGAAUAACAUCUUCGAGAUCGGAGUCCCGAAGCUAAAGAAACUAUUUAGGAAGCUGAAAGAUGAGACAGAGCCUGGAGAAGCUGCCUCUUCCCAUUCAAAGCAUCCAGAGCAGUGGGAUCUAGACUACAGCUUGGAACCAUACACUGGACUGACGCCGGAGUACAUGGAAAUGAUCAUCCAGUUUGGUUUCGUCACCCUCUUUGUGGCCUCCUUCCCUCUGGCUCCUGUGUUCGCCCUCCUCAACAACGUCAUUGAAGUGCGGCUUGACGCGAAGAAGUUUGUUACGGAGCUGAGACGGCCAGAUGCUGUGAGAACCAAAGAUAUCGGGAUUUGGUUUGACAUCCUCUCGGGCAUCGGCAAGUUCUCUGUUAUCAUCAACGCUUUUGUCAUUGCUGUCACCUCCGACUUCAUCCCCCGCCUGGUGUAUCAAUACUCCUACAGUCACAACGGGACUCUGCACGGCUUUGUCAACCACACCCUCUCCUUUUUCAACGUCAGCCAGCUGAAGGAGGGAACGCAGCCCGAGAACUCCCAGUUUGACCAGGAGGUUCAGUUCUGCAGGUUUAAGGAUUACCGGGAGCCGCCCUGGGCCCCAAACCCAUAUGAAUUUUCCAAGCAGUACUGGUCCGUUCUGUCUGCCCGUCUGGCUUUUGUCAUAAUCUUCCAGAACCUGGUGAUGUUCCUGAGCGUCCUCGUGGACUGGAUGAUACCCGACAUCCCCACCGACAUCAGCGAUCAGAUCAAGAGGGAGAAGAGCCUGUUCGUGGACUUCUUCCUGAAAGAGGAGCACGAGAAGCUCAGGCUGAUGGAGGAGCCAGCCCGGAGGAGCCGGGGCACCAGCCAUCGCAGUGGGAGGAGCCCAGCGGCCAGCCUGGCACCCUCGGGCCGGAGCCAGCGAGGCAGUAGUGUGUCCUCGGGAUCGCAGCACACCAGUGUGUGACCAGCUGAGACCAGCAUGGGGCUGUGCACCCACACGGGUGCGGUGUCCAUCCUUCUGCAGGAUCUGGCCCGAGGGGCUCUUGAGAAGGGUUUAUGUGUGAAGACAGAGAUUAGAGAGAGGAGGCAGAGAAUGGGCGCAGGAGGGAAGAGAAUAACGCUGCUUCUCAAGCUUGGGUUUCUUUUAGGUCCUUUUUUGAGCUAUAUCCUUUGGGGAGUUGGUUCCCCAUUUUGCAUCCAUCGGUGGAAGAAUUGGGUCUCUCCAUCCCAGGGUCCCAGGCACCUUGAGCCUGCCCUGUGCCCCCUCAGACCUUCCCUGAAUUUCGGUGGCCGCAGGCCAUGAGAAGCACAGGCCGGGCCCUGUUUCAGCCCCGUCAUAAGUGAUCACCACCCCUCUUCCCACCAUCACCCCGAGAAAACCCUGUGCGUCACUGUCACAGCCUCAGUGGAUCAAAUUAAGUCCCUGGGCUAAUUGCUGUGGCCUCUGGACCUGAUGGUGAGGAGCAAAAGUCCAGACCUGGGCUUGUCUCCAGGCUUGUCUCCUGGGAUGCUUUGAGCUAAAUGCAACUAACCAUCCUUUUAUGCAGGUUCAGGUUUAAAAUAAUAAA